CCUCUGACCCCCUCCCGCCCCCGCGUCCGCCUCACCUCUGCGGCUUCGCAUCCUACCCGCACGCUUCUCGCUCAUUGCACCGGCCCCUCAUGUCCUUCCUCGCCUCGCCCGCCCCGCCCUCCGCCUCGGCCGGCGGCCCGCCCUCGGCGCCGCGCUCGCAUGCCGGCGGCGCUGCUGGGGGCUACGAGCCGCCGGCGCCGUACGUCAUCUCCUCGCCCGCCGGCCGCCUGCUCUGCGUCGCAGACGUGCGCGGCAACCUCGCACACCUCAACGACCUCGCCGCGCGCCACAACGCUCACGCCAUCGUGCACACGGGCGACUUUGGCUUCUACGAGGCGGAAAGCAUUGCGCGCGUCGCCGACCGCACGCUGCGCCACCUCGUGCAGUACUCGACGCUCCUCUCGCCCGCACAGCGCAACAGCCUUCUCUCCGACGGCGCACGGCCGGGCGGCGCGCCAGGCGCACCAUCAGCCUCGCUGCGCAGCGGCGUCUCCAUCUCCAUGCUCUCGUCGCUGCCGCAGCUCCUGUCUGGCGCCCUCACGCUCGCCGUGCCCGUGUACGCCGUGUGGGGUGCGUGCGAGGACGUGUGCGUGCUGGAGCGCUUCCGCACCGGCGAGUACGCCGUGCCGAACCUGCACAUCCUCGACGAGGCCACGUCGCACGCCAUCGACGUCGGCGGCGUGCGGCUGCGUCUCUUUGGUCUGGGUGGCGCCGUCGUGCUGCACAAGCUCUUCGACAAUGGCGAGGGCAACGCCACGAUUGCGGGCGCUGGCGGAACGAUGUGGACGACGAUGCUGCAGAUCGGCGAGCUCAUCGAUACCGCGCAGAAGUGCUGGGAUCCGUCCGAGGUGCGCAUGCUCAUCACACACGCCUCGCCGGGCCGCGAGGGUCUCCUCUCGCAGCUCGCCCUGCAGCUCAAGGCCGACCUCACGCUGUCUGCGGGCCUGCACUUCCGCUACGGCGUCUCGUACAACGAGUUCAGCGUGCAGUCGUCGGCCUCGCAACUACGCACCAAGCUCACGGAGGCGCGUGCUGCGUUCACCGAGGUCUGGGAGGCCGUGUCGACGCAGGUGGAGGCGGUGAUCGACGAGCGCCAGCGCGUGCUGCUCAAUCACGCCCUCGCCGUCACGCGCCGCAUCCCGCCGGCUGCAACGCCCAACGGCGCCGUGGCCGAGGAGCCGGCGGCCAAGACGAUGUGGAACUGGAACCUCCCGGACGCCGCCUAUGGUGCGCUCGUGCUGGAGGUCGAGGGUGGGCGCGUGGGCGCCACCAUGCACAGCCAGGGCUUCACCUUUGCGCACCGCCGCGAGGCGGCUGCGGCUGCAGCGCAGAAGCAGGGCAUCUCGCCGAGCAACAGCGCCAGCCUGAAGCCCGCCUCUCAGCCGCACACGCCUGCCGGCCCGAAGGCAACGCAGCAGCAGCAGCAGCAGCCAGCGCAGCAGCAGGCUCCGCCGCGCUCGGCCGGCGGCGCAUCGAACAAGUCCUUCAACGGCGAACAGCAGGCCCGCCGUGGAGGUGUCAAUGGCAGCACCGCCCACUCGAACGCCAGCGUGCCGGCUUCGCCUGCGAAGUCUCGCCGCACCAAGUCGACCGCAUCGACCGCCUCGGCACUCUCCUCGGCUCCCAGCGGAGCGCCUUCAGCCGCUUCGCGCGUGGCUGAGGAGAAGAGCGGCGACGAUGAGGCUGCCGCUGCCCCGGGCACGGGCGCGACGCCCGAAGGCGUCAAGCGGAAGACGACGCGAGGCGGCAAGAAGAACCGCAGCAAGAAGGAGGGCGGCGCCGCUGCUGCUGCUGCUGCGGCGGGCGGCAACGAGGCAGCGUCUGGCCAGAGCCAGGAGAAGAGCGCUCCGGCUGCGUCCGCUCCGGCUGCGCCCAGUGCGCCUGCGGCUGCGCAGGGCGGUGCCGAGAGCAAGUAAAGUGCACCGCCGAGCCUUCCAUCGCGCAGCGCUUCGACGUGGCGGCGUGUCAGGGAGGCCUCCGAUCGUCCGGUCAGGCCUUUCGCCACGCCGCUCCAUUCCGUCUUCCUCUCCUCGCCUCGCACCACCGACAUCCAUCGCCCUCCACCCAUCCCAUCCGUCCCUAGGCCGCCACCGCAUUUUAUGCGCGCCACCGUGCGCGUCUCGCUCCGACCCACGCCCAUUCGCGGCUCACCAUCAUCCAAAAUACCACACAUGCUUUCUCGAACGCCCAGCGGCUGAGCAGCGAGCGUCGUACAGCAUGCAUGUGCGCGACGCAUGGCGCACACGUCGUCUAGAGAAGGGAGACAGCAGAGCAGAUGCAGGAGAGGGGC